UCUCCUCCCCUUCCCCUCCCCGCUCCUCGGCGGCUCUGCCCGGUGCGUGCGGUCCCGCUCCCCGCGGACGGCAGCGCAGCGCCCGCGCCCCGCCGGGCUGCGGGCGGGCGGCGGCUGAGCUGCCGCUCCGCUCCGUGCCCAGCCGUGCCCCCUGCCCUCGCCAUGCCCAGAGCCUUCCUGGUGAAGCGCCGGAGCCCGCAGCCGGCGGUGCGCAGCUGGGAUGGGCUGCCCGACGAGGAGAGAGCCGACACCUACAUCCCAGGCGGGAUCGGCUGCGUGCUGCUGGGCUACGAGGACAGCUGCAGCCUGGAGAGCAGCGGGAGCAGCGGGACCCGGGACGCGGAGCCCAGCGAUCCCCCGACGCCCCAGCCCGCCCCCGGCGACUUGGGCACGGCCGGGGGGAUGCUGCUGGACCUGGCCGUCAAGCGCCCCGUGGUCAGGUCGAAAAUCAAGUUCACCACGGGCACCUGUAACGAUGCUAUGGUGCAUAGCUGCGAGCUGUGUGGCAAAGGCUUUCGCUUGCAGCGGAUGCUCAACCGUCACAUCAAGUGUCACAGCCAGGUGAAGAGACACUUGUGCACCUUCUGUGGAAAAGGCUUCAAUGACACCUUUGAUCUAAAAAGACAUGUCCGGACCCAUACCGGAAUUCGACCUUACAAAUGCGAGAUUUGCAACAAAGCCUUCACGCAGCGCUGCUCCCUGGAGUCCCACCUGAAGAAGAUCCACGGCGUGCAGCAGCAAUACGCCUACAAACAGAGGCGAGACAAACUUUAUGUGUGUGAAGACUGUGGCUACACAGGCCCCACGCAGGAGGACCUGUACCUGCAUGUUAGUAAUGUUCACCCUGGAAGCACUUUCUUGAAGAAAACCUCAAAAAAACUUGCAGCGGUUUUGCAAAAUAAACUGAGCCCCGUCCUGCAGAGGAACUCCAAAAAUGAUGACAAGGAUGAAUAAUACGGUGGAUUACAGCGGGCUAAAGGAAUGAAGUUUACAUAUAUAUAUAUAUAUUAUUUUUUUAAAAAACAAUUUUGAAAUAAACCCCUGAAAUGAAAGGGACACUUUUGUUAACAGAACUCUCUUGAUGUUGGUAGAACUUCAACUUGAAAGAAAUAUUCCUAUAUUCGAUGCAAACAUCACUUUUUUAUCUGGCCAAAAAAAAGUAAAUGGAAAGGUUGGAAGAGGCCGUCACCUCUCGGAUGGAGCAUUUACUGAACUGCUGUUUAGGCAACUUGUUUUCUGUUUCAGCUCUACCACAUGUCUAAAUGGCUACUGACAAAUAAGUUACCUUCCCCCAGUGUAUUUUGUAAAGAUAAUAGCCCUUACCUCCUGUACAAAUUACUUUGAGAGGUCUGAGUGAAAAGUGCUGUGUAAGAGCAACUACUAGUACAUUGUUCUAUGCAAAAUGAUAUAAAAUGGUGUUAAGAAUAGGAGUCCGUUGUAUCUGUAAAUAAGACAAAAUGUGCAAAUACCCUUAACUCUGGCCUCCAUGCAGUAAAAUAAUAAUUUCUGGAAACGUGAUCCAAGAUGAGCUGAGACUUUUUUAAAGGAUGCAGAACUUUUUCCUCCCAAACUUUCUCUACUAGCAAAUGGCAUUAUUCCAGGGCAGACUUACAGUCAUGUUUUAGGUACCUUAAGCUGUGAACUUAUUUUAUUAUAUUUAGAUUUAAGUGUAACCUUAACACUCCUGGACUUGUCAUGCUCACUGUGGGGAUUAUUACAAAAUCCUUUUAACAUACAUCAGUAUCAAUCCAGAAACCCAAAGAAAAUAAUGACUUGAAGAUAUGUAUUUUUCUGCCAAGAUGAAAUGCAAUUCUGUAUUUUAUGGUGUGUAUGUGCAUGUGUGUGUUCAUUUAGGGAUUGUUUUUCUUCUUAAUGAUUAGGCUCAUUAAUACAACAGAGCAGUGCAAGGCAGUGAAGAGGGACACUUAGCCUGUCUCUGCCUCAUGGGAUCAGCGCAAACCUGCUGGCAGGAAUCUGUCCUCUCAUCCGUAACCGCUGUCAGUUUAGAAGGCUCCUGGUGAGAUGGGAAGGAGGUGGCGAUGAUGAUGAGGGACUGGUGCUAUGUGUCGGUGUGUUCAGGACUCACCUUAUAGUCCUGCUCUGGCUCUUUGUUGACCCAGGACAACCAGGAGGAUAGCCUGUAGGGACUACUGAGUGUCAAUUUUGGGAUUUAAAGGAAAGGGAGAGGGAUGCCCGUACAACUCACGUUGCUGAAACCGCCUGACACUUUGAGACUUGUCAGAAGCUGCUGCAGCCCUUACUGGGCACUUGAGUGUCUUGUACUGGGUGUGACAGGGCUGGGUGGCGGCUUCCUCAGCAACCACAAGCUGCUCUGGUCCAGGCAGGCGCAUGUUAUUCACCUGGCUCUUAACUUAAUGGACACAGCUGCCAAACAGGUUGUUUUUUUUUUUUCAUCACUUUAAAUGCAUGAUAAUUAAUGGAUUUCAUUUGUAAAUUCCCAAACUUAAUUUUGUGCUCAAAAUAAAGCUGGACACUUGGGGAGAAUACACUGUAUUCUAUAUAUGUUGAAACAGCUGAAAAGUAACUCACCUAAAAUAUUGUUAUAGCCCGGACCUUCAUAAUCAUUUCUACUAAAAUGAGAGAUUCUGAACAUCUCUGCAGGAAUCAUUAAAGAGUCUUCUCAAUUUGCCUCAGUUUUGUACAGGCAUCUGCUUGGGUUUUUGUGGGUAAAAGCUUUUAUGAGUUUAAAGGAUUUGUAAUGAUAUUAAUACUUUAUUCAGCACAACUGUUGGUGCUUGGGACCUUGAAAACAGGAAUAAUAAAGUGAUGCUACUGUGUAAAGAACAAA